AUGCAACUUUUAGCUGAAGAAGAAAACGCUGAACAACGACCUCGUGAAUUAAAAAAAAAAUGGAGACAAAUAAUAAAAAAAAUUCGAAAAGAUGAAAAUAUAGAUUCGUCGGAUGAAGAUGAAGAUAUUCUACAAGAACCAAUUGAUGAAAAACCAAGAACAAUCAUUGGUGUAACACCAGUGCUCGAUAAAAAAUGUCGGUAUUUUAUGGGCAAAGAUUAUGCAAAUCCUUAUGACAAAGACUUUGGAUGUCUUGAAAAAUUCGAUGAAGAUUCUAUUGAUCGUAAAACCUCCCCACGAAUGCCAUGGCAUGAUGAAGCUUUAGUUGUUACUGGAGAAGCAGCAAGAGAUUGUGCUAGACAUUUUAUUCAACGAUGGAAUAUUCAUAAAGCAGAUAAAUUUCGUUUUAAUGAAUCUUAUCCAUAUAUUCUUCCAAAAAGUUAUGAUGAUAAUGAAUUAUUUGAUUCAUCAAUGCUUUCUGAAAUUCUUGGAGAAAACCAAAAACCAAUUCGUGUUGAUGCUCAAUGUGUGCGUUCUGCUGCAUUUUGGUCAUGUGGAACAUAUUUAGAAGAAACUUCAAUACAAAAUGCUUAUAUUCAUAUGAUUGAUAGUGCUCAACAUUUUAUUUAUAUUGAAAAUCAAUUUUUUAUUUCAAUUGCUAAUGAUACAACAAUUAAAAAUUUAAUUGGUGAUGCACUUUAUCGUCGGAUAGUUCGAGCUUCUAUUAAUAAAGAAAAAUUUCGAGUUUAUGUUGUAUUACCAUUAUUACCUGGAUUUUCAAAUGUUAAUGCUGUUCAAGCUGUUCUUUAUUUUAUAAUGAGAUCAAUAAAUAAAGGAGAAACAUCACUUUAUCAAAGAUUAAUACGAGAUGGUAAGUUUUUAUCAUCGAAAAUAAAUUAA